AUGAGCUCUGGUCUGUUGACCAUCGGGUUGCCCGUCAUGGCGGUCGAUCUGGGCCUGGACGACGGCCUGCUGCUCUGGCCUGCUUCGGUAUACUCGCUUGCUAGUGGCUGCUGUCUGCUUCUGGCCGGUUCCCUUGCCGAUUUGCUGGGAAACCGUCAGAUAAAUCUCAUCGGCUGCUUUGGGCUGUCCAUUAGCAUUCUCGCCUGUGGUCUUGCUCGCACGGGUAUCGAGUUCAUUGUGUUCCGGGCUCUGCAGGGCGUCGUCUUCUCACUGUGUCUGCCCACCGCGUUCAGCAUUCUCAAAGAAUGUCUGCCGCCGGGCAAGCAGACCAACAUCGCAGUCGGCUGCUUUGGUCUCGGGCAACCCCUGGGCUUCUCUGUCGGCCUGGUCUUGGGCGGCUUGUUUGAGGCGACUGCCCCGGGCUGGCGAGUGGGCUACUAUCUCACUGCAGGGCUGGCGUUCAUCCUCUCCCUGGUCAACCUCGUCAAUCUUCCAUCGACCUUGCAGCGCGCUCCCUGGUCAUGGCAGCGGUUCCGAGCUGAGAUUGACUGGGUUGGACUCUUGCUGUCCAGCGGUUGCUUGGGUCUUUUCUCCUACGUGUGCUCUGCGAUCACCUCCGAUACAGCUGCCAUCAAAAAACCGCAGAUCAUCGCGCUCCUGGCAUUAGCAGGCGCCCUGGCGCCGAUGUUUCUCUUUUGGAUGAACCGUCAGGAGAAGCACGGACGACCAGCCCUGAUUCCCAACUCUAUCUGGCAGAACAAGGCUUUUACCUCUAUUUGUCUCGUUGUUCUCUUAUCCUGGGCUGUUUUGAACGGCAUGGAGACCUUCUUGAGCUUGUUUUUCCAAGAGGUCCAGGAUCUCCCGCCCAUCCAGGCAGCCAUCCGAUUCUUCCCGAAUAUCAUCAUCGGUAUCAUCUUGAACUUUGGGACAGGCGUCUUUGUCGACCGGCUGCGCGCCGACCAUCUUGUGAUUGUCACCUCACUCCUCAGCGCCGGCUCUCCCUUGCUCAUGGCGCUGAUCCAAGCCCACUGGUCGUGGUGGUCCUGUGCCUUUUGGGCCGUUUUGAUCUCGCCCCUUUCUGCCGAUGUCAUCUUCACCGUCGCCAACCUGCUCAUCUCCGAUCUCUUCACCCCGACCACACAGGGCCUUGCCAGUGCCGUCUUCAACACGGUCGCCCAGUUCGGCACUUCCAUUGGCCUCACCGUGUUCGCCAUCUUGUCGGCCAGCGUGACCAAGCAGUCCAAGUACGAGAACAAGGCCUCGCCGGAGGCCUUGAUGCAGGGCUACCGGGCCGUCUUCUGGAUGUCGUUCGGCAUGAUGAUCUGUGGCUGCGGGGUGAGUGCGUGGGGGUUGAGGAAGAUUGGAAAGGUGGGUUAA